ACGGAAUUUAAAAAAUGGAGCUAAAUAUUAGCAUUCAACUUCUCUACUCGCUUACCUUGGUAACUUCGCUUGCGUUCAUUGUUUUUGGCUUCCAUCGAUUAUGGGCUCUGCGUUAUGAGUUAGUGAAGGUAGAGCCGAAUUGGCUCGGUGUUAUUAAACCCUUUGUAGCUUCGGCGCUUCCAUUGCUGCUGCUCAACGAUUUGGUGUACGAUUUGAUAGAUGGAAAUAUAGAAUGGCUGAGAAUCGCGUCAUGUAGUGCAUCUUUGACUGCAUCAGUCGGCUUGGUCUGGUUGACGAUUACUGAGCAUAAGCGGUCCAUCCGCCCUUCAAGAUUAAAUGAGCUCUACUUGCUGCUAAUGUGUACUUGGGACGUUUUCGCGUUGACGUAUGAUGGCCUCUUUCAUGAUCAAAAUGGCUCUAAAGGCAGCAUAGGCCUCAAGCUCGCGACUCGACUUGCGAUACUGGCCCUCGAGUGCCAAGAAAAGACAUCCAUCUUGAAACCGAAAUAUCGUCAAGAUUCGCCCGAAGAAACGGCCGGAUUGUUAAGCUCUCUUUUAUUUUGGUGGCUGAAUGGGCUGUUGAGUCGUGGCAAUAGGAGCAUACUGCGCAGCAGCCAUCUUCCUGGCCUGGGGAAGAAGAUGAAAGCUGAGAAUCUGCAUCGCGGUAUUCUCUUAUGCUGGGAUCGCAGAGCAAAACCAGAGACAGUCUUGACGCUGCCAAAAGUCUUGUUACAGUGUCUCACAGGACCAUUUGUAGUAGCGAUAUUUCCACGCUUAAGUCUUCUGAUUUUAACAUCUAGUCAGCCGAUUUUAAUCGAACAGGCCGUUCGCUUUGUCCAGGGAUAUACAAUUGGAGACAGCGACCAUGGAGGAUAUUGGCUAAUUGUAGCUGCUGCCGUCGUCUACUUGGGCCAGACUUUUUCAGCCUCAAUGUACUACCAUCGCCUCAAUAAGCUUGAGCUUAUGAUACGUGGAUCCCUUACGACCUUAAUCUACAACAAAGCCCUGACCAUUGAAUCAAACGUCUCCGAUACGGGCAAAGUAAUAACGAUUAUGAGCACAGAUAUUGAUGGUGCGGCAGAAGCAGGAAAAAUGCUGCAUGAGGCCUGGGCAAAGUUCUUUGAGCUUGUGAUCGGUGUAGUACUUUUGGUCCGAGAAAUCAAAUGGCUUGCUCCGCUUCCCUUUGUCAUAAUUAUUUUCUGUUCUCAGAUCAGCCGUUAUGUGGCGCAGAAUAUUCGAUCCAGACAAAAGGGUUGGAGUAUGGCUACCCAGCGGCGGAUAUCCGCCUUGAGUUCAAUUCUCAUGUCUAUGAAAAGCGUCAAAGCACUGGGGGUAUCAGACGCCAUGACGAAAUAUGUCGACAAUCUCAGGCAAGAUGAAAUUAAGAGCGCCAACAGCGUCCGUUAUAUGAAUGCUGUGUAUAAUGCAAGCGCAAAUGCGCUUGGGAUCUUUGCACCUGCACUUACUUUAGUGGUAUUUGCUCUCGUGGCUCGCUUACAAGGUUCCCAGAUGGAUGUUAGCACCGCUUUCACGACUGUUGCUAUUUUAGCACUCGUAACAGAGCCCGCAAACAUGAUUAUGACGAUUGUGCCUAAAGCGUUUGCAACUUCGGCCAAUUUCGAGAGAAUACAAGCUUACCUACUUGAACCAUCUCGAAAAGACAAGCGUCAGGUCAGUUCUCGGCUGUCAGAUAUGCCGAGCACAGGCGUGACGGAAGCUGCCGUUGAUAUUGAUGGAGUAACGAUAGAGUCACCAUCAUCAAACAAGGUCCUUUUGCAGGAUAUCAAGCUGAUACUUCACCGAGGUUCCACAACUGCCUGCUCUGGUGCCGUUGGUAGCGGUAAAUCGAUACUUGCAAAGGCAAUAUUAGGUGAAAUUGCCCCUUCUGAGGGCAAGAUUACAAUUACAUUUGCAUCGAUUGGCUUUUGCGAUCAGCAAGCUUGGCUACCUACAGGAACAGUCAAGCAAAUUAUAUGUGGAUUUUCUAUGGCUAUUGACGGCGAGAGAUAUGAAGCUGCCAUCCAUGCUUGUUGCCUUGACCAUGAUCUACGCACGUUUCCUAAUGGUGACAGCACUAUUGUUGGCAGUCGUGGAAUCAAUCUUUCUGGUGGACAAAGGCAGAGACUAGCACUGGCGCGCUUAGUAUACUCUCUCCACGAUAUCGUGGUGCUAGAUGAUCCGUUUAGCGCAUUGGAUGGCAAUACGGAGAAUGCGGUUGUAGACAAUUUGCUUGGGCCGAACGGCUGGUUCAAGAAGAGAAAUACGGCUGUGUUUUUGGUCACAAACUCUGCGCAACAUUUCCACAUUGCAGACGAAAUUCUGGUUCUCGAAAAGGGUCGCAUUAUAUCUCGGGGCUCGUGGGAUGAACUGAAGACUACUUUGUCUAACUUGUCCAAAUUUACAUUUGCGCAGACAGACAAGAGGCCAGAAGCGAUUCCACGAGCUGCUAGAUUGAUACCACAGACUAGUACUGAGGCAGAGAAUGACCUCUAUCGGAAAACGGGCGACUUCUCUCUUUACUCGUACUAUCUAAAAUCCGCUGGCUUCAGGAACGUGGCCCUAUUACUUGGGCUUACGAUGGUUUAUUCCUUCUCCAUUACCUACCCUCAGUAUUGGGUCAAAUCUUGGACAGAAGGCUCUCCAAGUGAUUCAACGUAUUACAUGAUUGGCUACGUCCUGUUAGCUGUGACUGCUUGGACAACGACUAAUGGAAUGAUGCUGUCCACAUUAUUUUUGAUAGCUACGACAUCUGGGGAAGUGCUGCACCGAUCUCUCCUUGGGACUAUUUUUGGCGCUCCGCUGCUGUUAUUUUCCACAACAGAUGUUGGUGUUACAAUUAAUAGAUUCAGUCAAGAUAUUUCCUACGUGGACAGACAACUACCAUUGACUCUGUCAUCCAUGUUCGUUCAAACGUUCAAAAUGGCAAAUCAACUGGCUGUGAUUAUGAUUGUUCAGAAAGGACUAGCCCUUUCUCUCCCUGUUUGCAUCGUUGCUGUCUAUUUCGUACAGAAGAUAUAUCUCAGGACAUCACGCCAGCUGCGUGUCUUGGAACUUGAAAACCAAGCGACUCUCUUCCAAUGGUUUUUAGAGACCGUAGAGGGCGUUGUCACUAUACGGUCUUUUGGCUGGUCUUCUGCAGCCGAAGAGAAGAGCUUUGAAGUGCUUAACUGGUCACUUCAGCCUCGCUAUGCUCUCAUGUGUGUCCAGCGAUGGCUGAGUCUAGUGCUUAAUUUGAUUGUCAGCGGAAUUGCUAUUGGCUUAAUUGCUCUCGCUGUGAAAUUUAAGGGGACGACCACUGGUGGAGAUAUCGGUGCAGCUCUCAAUUUGAUCAUGGUUACUAAUACGACGCUGGUAAAACUGGUAGAGUACUGGGCGUCCCUGGAGGUGUCCUUGGGUGCAAUUGCACGACUCAGAAAUGUGGAAUUGUACACCCCUCGAGAAGACUUACCUGAGGAAGAUCUUGUGACAUAUGCCGGGUGGCCGACCAAGGGAGAAGCUUACAUAGCAGAUCUUGACGCGGGUUAUAGCUCGGAUCAUCAAAUUUUACACAAAGUCAACCUCGAUAUUUACGAGGGCCAAAAGCUCGUCAUUUGUGGUCGAACUGGCAGUGGCAAAAGUACUAUUCUUGCCGCUUUGCUGCACUUAAUUGAUUGCAAUGGGAUUAUCAGGGUGGAUGGGCAAGACUUGCUUCGCACUCCUAGGUCAAUUAUCCGCAAACGGUGUUUCAUAACCAUUUCUCAGGAGGCAUUCAUAAUACCUCAGGCUACGUUACGCUUCAACUUGGAUCCUGAUUCCACUGUUACCGAUGAGGUCCUUCAGACGGCCUUGCAGAAAGUUGGCAUUUGGUCGCUGCUUUGCAGCGGGGCUGGUGCACCAGCAGACGUGCUAAACGCCGAGUUUUCAUCAUUGCCCGUGCUGUCUGUGGGACAACAACAGCUACUCGCUAUGGCUCGUGCCAUUAUUCGAAAGCAUGCCUUAGCAGUACCGGAUUAUCCUGGAAAUGAUGCACCGAAACCGAUCCUCCUUCUGGACGAGGCCACUUCAUCGCUCGAUUCGAUGACUGAAGCAGCCGUUUACGAUGUAUUAGAAAGUGAAUUUAUCCAAGAAGGAUAUACAGCUGUCAUUGUGGCUCAUAAAUUGAGUGUAGUUGCUGGCAGGAUGAGGCCAGAGAAAGAUAGAGUAGCUUGGGUUGAGGAUGGAAGGAUUGUAAAGGUUGGCGAGUAUGAAGAAAUAAUGCGGUUUGCAGAUACAGAAUAGGCAUAUAGUAGUCAUUAUUGGCUUUAAUACAUUGU